AUGUCUGAAUCAGAAAACCUAUUGCUCAGCGAAGCCUCGGCUCCAGCCGUUGAAAAUUCGGCCAUACCACCAAUCGCAGAUGAAGAAGUUGUCCGUCCAGGCUAUUUGCCAAAAGACAAGAUUGAAUGGGAAUUUGGCGGUCCAGUUGGUGCCUUGGGCAUGAUGGGAGGCUUUCCUCUUCUCAUGUGGUACAUGUGGAUCUCAGCCCAGUUCUACAAUGGGUACCCAGCUUGGCCAAGCGAGGGCCAGGAAUGGUCCGACUUCCUUGGUGAUCUCUUCGGCUAUUUCUAUGAAUACGGACUUCCCACUUUUGGCGUCUGGUUCUUCUUCACUACUUUCAUCUUAGUCCAGGCAUUGUUCUACUUGACAUUGCCAGGUGUCUGGACCAAGGGUCAGCCGUUGACCCACUUGAACAAUAAGCAGUUGCCCUACUUCUGUAACGCCAUCUGGUCGUUCUACACUUCGAUAGUUCUUGCCUUAGUUAUGCACUUCACUGGCUUCUUCAAGCUCACCUAUGUCUUGGACAACUUUGGAGCCAUCAUGACUACGGCCAUCGUAUACGGGAUCGUCCUUUCCAUCGCAUUGUACAUCGUUUGUGUCUACGUCACUGGUGACUAUCACAGAAUGUCUGGCAAUGUCGUUUAUGACAUCUUCAUGGGUGCUCCAUUGAACCCCAGAAUAGGCAAGUACUUAGAUCUCAAGAUGUUCUUUGAAGUCAGAAUCCCCUGGUUCAUCUUGUUCUUCUUGUCAUUAUCUUUGUGUAUCAAACAGUACGAGACAUACGGAUAUGUGUCACCCCAAGCUGUGUUCGUCUUGUAUGCCCAUUGGUUGUACAGCAAUGCCUGUGCCAAAGGAGAAGAGUUGAUCGUUCCUACUUGGGAUAUGGCCUACGAGAAGUUUGGCUUCAUGUUACUAUUCUGGAACAUUGCUGGAGUUCCAUUCACUUACUGUCACUGUACGUUAUACUUGGCCUACCACGAUCCAAAGGAGUACGAAGCAUCACCUGUUUGGGUUGCAUUCUUGUUUAUUCUCUUGUCAGUAGCCUAUUAUUUCUUCGAUACUGGUAAUCGUCAAAAAAACAGUUUCAGAAGACAAAUGGCAGGCAACGCUACUCUUCGUAAAACGUUCCCAUACUUACCCUACUCUGACUUGGUCAAUCCAAAGUACAUUAAAUGUGAAAACGGCUCUCUCUUGUUAACUGACGGUUGGUACGUCUAUGCUAGAAAGAUGCACUACACUGCUGACUACACUCAAGCAUUGACAUGGGGCUUGAUCUGCGGAUUUAAGUCGCCAUUCCCUUGGUUUUUCCCUGUCUUCUUCUUGAUAGUAUUGGUCCACAGAGCCUAUAGAGACCAGAGAAAAUGUGCCAGAAAGUACGGCAAGGACUGGGACAGAUACUUAGAAGCCUGCCCAUAUAUGUUCAUUCCAUAUGUGUGGUAG